GACGAUCCUCCCGCCCACCGCGCGCUCGACGACGCGCGAACUCCUCCCGCCGUACGAAGCCGGCGAGCGUCGUCAUGACGGCGGACAACAGAGAGGCGACGCGCGCGCUCAAGAUCAAGACCGGGGUGCUGACGCGCGUGAGGAGGGAGCUCGCGAUGUAUUCCGAUGAGGUGGCGAAGGAGACGGCGAAGUUGGAGACGAUGAAGGCCGAGGGGCGCGACCCGCACGACGUCCGGCAGCAAGAUCAGGUCUUGGGCGAGAGCUCGAUGAUGAUCGGCGACUGCAAGACGCGGAUGGAGAACGCGUUCAACGAACUGCUCGCGGCGACGGAAGAGCACGGGGAGGAGUGCGCGGACUCGGAGGAGCUCGCCGUCGCGAAGGCGCUCCUCGACGAGGUCGAGCCCACGCUCGAGGGGGCGUAGGCGCCGGCGAGAGCGAAGACGAGAUCUUGUCGAUACAAUAUAUAUUUUUUC